AUGCAGUUCAAGAUUCUUGCCGCCCUCCUCUUCUCCGCCACGGCCCUGGCUGCCCCCCAGGCCACCGGCACCUCCUCGUCCUCGUCCGACGACUCUGACAUCUCGAUCCCUAACUCCAUCCUAACCGUCAUCGAGACCGCCAUCCCGGCUUCCUGGUACAGUGAGAUUUUGGACCCAACCUCCCGUUCCUCCAUCAUCUCCGAGAUCGAGGCCGGUACCCUCCCCGCUUGGUACAACAACCUGCCUAGCAGCGUCAAGGCCUGGGCUGCCACUGCAUCCGGCGGUGGUUUUGCCAACCUCCUUAUCGAGGCCUCCGCUACCGAUACCGCCGCUGCCACCAGUACUGCGGCCAGCGUUGCGACUGCUACUGGCUCGGCUGAUUCUUCCAGCGCUGCUGUGACCAGUGCUGUUUCCUCGGGUUCGGCCGCUGCUAGCUCCAAGGCUGCUUCUGCUUCUGCUUCGUCUGCUCAUGCUUCUGCUACUUCUACUGGUGGUGCUCCCGUCGCCACUGGCGGUGUUGCUAUGAGCAUCGUUGGGGCCGCUGGUAUUUUGGGUCUUGCUCUUGCUCUGUAG